UCUAGGAUGUGGCCGAUUUCUAUAAAUUUUCGUUCUUUGGCGGCAUAACCUUUUUUGUCAUUGGAUUUGACCGAUUUCUAUAAAUUUUCGUCCUUUGGCGGCAUAUACCUUUUUUGUCAUUGGAUUUGACCGAUUUCUAUUGCUUUUUUUCUAGGAUGUGGCCGAUUUCUAUAAAUUUUCGUUCUUUGGCGGCAUAACCUUUUUUGUCAUUGGAUUUGACCGAUUUCUAUAAAUUUUCGUCCUUUGGCGGCAUAUACCUUUUUUGUCAUUGGAUUUGACCGAUUUCUAUUGCUUUUUUUCUAGGAUGUGGCCGAUUUCUAUAAAUUUUCGUUCUUUGGCGGCAUAACCUUUUUUGUCAUUGGAUUUGACCGAUUUCUAUAAAUUUUCGUCCUUUGGCGGCAUAUACCUUUUUUGUCAUUGGAUUUGACCGAUUUCUAUUGCUUUUUUUCUACACGAUCCCCACCAUUACCACCACCAUUACCACCACCCCUAAAAAUCCCUUAGUGUCCAUGGUAAGAAGAGACUCUUGAUUUUCCGUUUAGUCCGUGUACUACCUUUAACCGUUGUUCACGUAUAUUUACUCUCUCAGUCUUUAAAAUAUUUUUGCAAGUGUUUAAAUUUAUUUUUCGGUGUUUAAAAAUAAGUAUGGCUGGACCAGUUGCAAAUAUGGCUAAUAUUUGGAAGAAACCUUUUAAAUAUACUCCUCCGUCACCGCCAGCUGAACUCGUCGUGUCCACAAGUUACACAAUUGACUUUACCAACCGUAAGUUUGUGCAUAUCGGUAUUGACCCUACUGAAAAUUUUCAAGUCGUCAUCCAUUUAAUAACAUCAUCUCGCUAUAUUAAAAUUUCACCGGAUUUCCUUAAACGUAUAUUUUCGCUGAUGGGAAAUAUACUGUCUUUCAUAUUGGAACAACCCGAAAAAUAUAAGCGUAGGUUAUUUUUGGAAACGGAAUUUAAUAAGCUAUCUAGUAUGAUGUACACCGGUGAAAACGUACUAGUGAUAGAAUCAAAAAAUCAAGAAGGGUGCAGAAUACUAUUGAAUCGAUCGGACCUUAUUCAACUUCAAUACCUGGAAUGGUGUAUAUUUGAAACAGUUACACGAAAAUUGACCAUCAUACGACCAGUCGUCUUAAGGCAGUUUGAGACUAUUGGUAAUUAUUUAGACCAGGAAUUUACCAAUGUGGAAUCGCCUCCAAAAACAAAUGAAGAAAUGAUCGUUUUUAUCAAAAAUUUAAGCGAUGAUAAAAUUAUUGGAUUCGCUCCUAAAGAAGAAAUGAAUUUCAUCAGUCAACUCAAAAUAAAUGCAACUAUUCAAUUAGCCGAAUAUUGGGCGCGACGUUGGAACGGAGGAAAUUCACCAGAGUUAUUCAUUGAACCCGGGGCAUACUCUAGUAUGUCUCCGUGCUAUGAUGAAGAUGAUGAUUCACAGGCACGGGUAAUUUAUAAUUAA